ACGUCAGCACGUCGAUGCGGGGAUUUUCGCUGGCUCGUGCGUCCAUCCUUGCUGGGUUCUGUGUAACUGCGUCUUUAGUCCGUCUGUUCCUAAACGAGGAGCGCAGUCGUGGUCAGCUCGCUGGCCGGCGUGGUUAUUGGGUGUGGUGCUCGGACUGACCGCCCUCACCUCCCUCCCGGCCUCUCCUCUGUACCCAUCCGUCUUAGGGGAGCCUCGGAGUGGCGGCGGCCCCCGAGACUCGGCCUGAGACUAGGAGGGGUCCAUUCUCGCUCCGGGCUCGGAUGGGAGGCGGCGGGAGGAACGGCCUGGGAUGUUCGGUCUAAUGGCCAACUGCUGCGGCUGGUUCAAGCGGUGGCGGGAGCCCGUCAGAAAGGUGACUCUUGUGAUGGUGGGACUUGAUAAUGCUGGUAAAACGGCAACAGCAAAGGGAAUCCAAGGAGAGUAUCCUGAAGAUGUAGCUCCUACUGUUGGAUUUUCCAAAAUUGACCUUAGACAAGGAAAGUUUGAAGUCACCAUCUUUGACUUGGGAGGUGGAAAAAGAAUUCGGGGAAUCUGGAAGAAUUACUAUGCUGAGUCCUAUGGGGUAAUAUUUGUUGUGGAUUCCAGUGAUGAAGAGAGAAUGGAAGAGACAAAAGAAACAAUGUCAGAAGUGCUAAGACACCCUAGGAUAUCAGGAAAGCCUAUAUUGGUGUUGGCAAAUAAACAAGAUAAGGAAGGGGCUUUAGGAGAAGCUGAUGUGAUUGAAUGUCUCUCUCUGGAAAAACUGGUCAAUGAGCACAAAUGCCUAUGUCAAAUAGAACCUUGUUCAGCAGUCUUGGGAUAUGGAAAGAAAAUUGAUAAGUCCAUUAAAAAAGGCCUUUAUUGGCUGCUACAUAUUAUUGCAAGAGACUUUGAUGCCUUAAAUGAACGCAUCCAAAAAGACACAACAGAACAACGUGCUCUUGAGGAACAAGAGAAACGAGAAAGGGCAGAACGAGUACGAAAAUUACGCGAGGAAAGAGAACAAAGAGAGCAAGAGCAGGCUGAACACCAUGGAACCAGUGGUCUGGCAGAGUUGGACCCAGAACCAAUUAUUGUUAAUCCUUUCCAGCCAAUAGCAUCUGUAAUCAUUGAGAAUGAAAAAAAACUUGAAAAAGAGAAAAAGAGGCAAAAUAUGGAGAAAGACAGUGAUGGCUCCCUCCUGAAACAUGAAAUGGAGCAUGAGGAAAUAGAGACACAGAGCCAGAUCAGCGACAGCAGCCAAAAAAAUGAUGAAUUUGGAAUAGUAGAAAAUUAUAAGGAGGCAUUAACACACCAGUUGGAAAAUGAAGAUGAGACAGACCACCGAUCAUCAGAACCAGAUAACAGUAAAAAGAAAACUAAGAAACUCAGAAUGAAAAGGAGUCACCGUGUAGAACCUGUUAAUACAGAUGACUCUGCUCCUAAGAGUCCAACACCACCCCCACCUCCUCCUCCUGUUGGCUGGGGAACCCCCAAAGUCACUAGACUUCCAAAACUUGAGCCUCUUGGUGAAACACGUCAUAAUGAUUUUUAUGGGAAGCCACUACCUCCCCUGGCUGUGCGACAGAGACCUAACAGUGAUGCUCAUGACGUCAUCUCAUAACCAAGCCAUGUGGAUGCGCUCUUAAUGUCAGCAAGAUGAACUGGAGAAACUUCUUUCUCAAAGGAGGAAAACUCUGAACACUGAUGCUGGGGCAAGACAACCAUAGCAAUUUCAGUGAGCCAAAGACCUGAUUGAUCUGAUAAUUACUUAUCCAUGUUCUUCAUAGUUUAAAUUAAAAAGAAAAAGAAAAAAGGAAGCAAAUGACUAGCAUAUGGGAUGAGCAUUUGGACCAAGUUAGCAAGAGUUAGUAUUGACUCUGAUUUAUACAUUUCCACUUAUGGACAUAUUCCUGAAGGAAAACCUCUUCAGAAAAAGAGCCAAUGGACUCUGUACACUUUCAUUACUGUUUGCUUAUUAGCCUUUAUUUCUGUAUCUUAAACAUUUGUAAGAUACAUGUGCAUGGGAAGGGAACUCUUGGGAAUUUAUAAUCUAAAUUUUUAACUUGUUAUAUUUUUGUAAAACUUUUGUUUAAGAAUUUUAAUUACUAUAUUUACUGUGCACUUUUCUAUAGAUGCUUUGUUUAAAUUGUGUCUGGAAAAUGGAGUGAUUUACUUGACAGAAAUGAACUAUACAAACAGGAUAUAUUUAUAUGGUUUGAAUGUUUUAUAAUAGUAUUAUUAUUAAAGUAUACAUCCUAAUUUGAUUUUAUUUUAAGAUAUCUUUUUAAAAUAAAUUUUCAGAUCUUUACCAAAUUAUGUUAUUUGAAAACACUAAUUAAUUAUUUGAACUUUUGUUAUUGUUUGUUUUCUUUGGUGAUGCUCCCAAUAAAUGAAAGAGAUUUACAAUA